CACGUCUUAAAUUAAUUACUAGGCGCCAGCGUUUGCCAUAUUUUCCCCCAACAUCACCCAGGUUUAUAAUUACUUGUAAUGAUAAGUAGCUCUUCUGCUCUGUUUUCACUUAUUACUUGAGCAAGCCACUCCAUUCUUUUCUCGCGAAACGGUUGAUAACCCUAAUCCUUAAAUCACGGCAGCCCAGUCAUCGUUUCAGUUGGUGCCCCUAAGACUCCAUCUUCAAGUCGUUCCAGCCGUCGUCAACGUCAACCAUGGGUUCGAACACGACAUACGAAUACACAGCCAUCACGGCCCCACGGACUAUCCGCCUGAUGGCCGUCCAUCCUGGCAGCGGAACCGAUCCCGUCCAUCUACGUCUUGUGACCACCGCCCUUGAUGCCCCCCCUGGAUUUCGAGUCCAUCUCGUACUGCUGGGGCAAUGCGCAGGACCAGCGCCAGGUGACCUGCAAUGGCAUAUCCUCUCAGAUCCCAUUCUGGAGCGGAGUCAUAAUCGUCUCCUCCAGUGGGUUGAGGGUUGCUAUCGCCUUGCAUUUGGCCAUGGCCUUGGGUCCGGAGCGCCAGUUUCCCGCAGCGUUAGUCCGGAGUUCACCAUGGCCUUCUCGCGUACAAUGGUGUGCGGUAUAGACUCCAUGCGCAACCGCCUCUCUCCGGAGCUAAUAUGCGAGUUUCCACGCUACAUACAAUGGGCGAUCGACUGCGCGGCGGCAGACAGGGAUGCCGAUAUGGGACAGCAACAUCCAGUCACCAAACCGAGUUUUUCAACCACGGUUGACGAAACUGUAUGGCAUUGACGAUGUCGAAGAGUCCGGGGAUUCUAUAUGCGUCCUAGUUGGCGCGGAGGUGCCAUUUGUCAUACGACCAACGGGUCGUGGAACGUACAUUGUUGUUGGGGAAUGCUACGUCGACGGAGUCAUGGAUGGCGAGGCUCUCGAGGCAGUAGCUGGUACUACUGCUGAGUUACUCGAGACCCUGCACUUUGAGUAGCCGUUGACAAAUGCCAAAUAUCCAUGUUCGGCCGAUCAGAUUGCUGCUGAAUAGGGAUCCGCACGAGUAAGCACAGACGGGAAUGUAGAUCUCGAUGCCGUAGCCGACGGUGGCAAGGCAGACUGACACGACCAACACGGCUUUAGCUGUACCUCGUGCAUUUAAGCUUGC